ACCCAAGAAAAACCUCAAAUCGCCUGUCCUCUUGUAAAUGGCAAUUUGUAUUCAUAUGGAUAAAUACAUAGAGGAGCAGCUUACGCGAAGAUGAAAUCUGCGGGACAUUGUUUGAUUGCUUCUUUAACUCCUUUUCAUUCUGUUAUCCAUGGAAGAUUCUCAUCAAACUUGUUCUAUGGAAGUUCAAGUAAAUCAAGGACAUUGUGUGCUUAUCAUCAAAACUCCAAGCUCCACUCUACUUCACGCUAUCCUCCUCCUUGGUUCAGUGUUGCCCCCAUGAUGGAAUGGACGGAUAACCAUUACAGAACUUUGGCCCGUCUUAUCUCAAAAAAGGCAUGGCUCUACACAGAAAUGCUUGCUGCAGAAACAAUAGUCUACCAGACUGGCAAUUUGGAUAGAUUCUUGGCAUAUGGCCCUGAGCAACAUCCCAUAGUGCUUCAAAUCGGGGGAAAUAAAUUGGAGAACUUGGCCAAAGCGACACAACUGGCAACUCCUUAUGGCUAUGAUGAAAUUAAUUUUAAUUGUGGAUGUCCUAGCCCAAAAGUAGCUGGACAUGGGUGUUUUGGUGUGCGCCUCAUGCUUGAUCCAAAGCUUGUUGCUGAGGCCAUGUCCGUAAUUGCUGCAAAUACAAAUGUUCCUGUUAGCGUCAAAUGCAGAAUUGGAGUUGACGACCAUGACUCAUACAAUGAACUGUGUGAUUUUAUUUAUGAGGUUUCUUCUCAGUCACCAACUCGGCAUUUUAUUAUACAUUCUCGGAAGGCAUUACUGAAUGGAAUCAGCCCCGCUGAUAAUCGAAAAAUCCCCCCACUCAAGUAUGAGUACUACUAUGCCCUUUUGCGUGAUUUCCCUGAUCUGCAGUUCACGAUAAAUGGAGGCAUAAUAUCUAUUGAGGAGGUUAAUGCGGCACGUACAGAAGGAGCUCAUGGAGUUAUGCUGGGACGUGCAGCUUACGGCAAUCCAUGGCAGAUUUUAGGACUUGUUGAUAGCGCUGUAUAUGGUGCACCUCUUCGUAGUAUAACCCGGCGCCAGGUUCUUGAACAAUAUCAGGUCUAUGGUGAUUCAGUCCUUAGAAUGUAUGGGCCUAGGCCAACUGUUCGGGAAGUUGUCAAGCCUUUGCUUGGCCUAUUUCAUGCAGAGCCUAGAAAUGUUGUGUGGAAGCGUAAGGUUGAUGCUGCUUUCCGGCACUGCACGACAAUUAAAUCCCUUUUCGAGGAGACGUUGGAGGAAAUUCCAGACGAAGUCCUUGAUGCCCCCAUUACAGAAGUUCCCUCUGGUAGUACAGAUACUUUCAUCAAGGUGAAGAGUUUGUUACCUCCUCCAUACACAGUUAAUGAAGAAGAAUUACUGUAUGCUUAAAUGUACAUGUUCUUUUACCUUUGUGUUUGUAUCCACUGAAAUAUAUCCAUUCUUUCAGUAUUAUGUAUUCUAAGUGCCUCAUUUUUUGGGAGACCAACUCUCCAAUGUAACCAACUACAUGACUGGUAGAAGUGAAAUAUUACAAACUCAUUUCUGCUA